AUGUCCUUAACAUUAAAGCCUUAAUUGAUUCUUUGCACAGAUGAAAACAUAGAUGACUAUAAGGAUCCUUGUAUGGAGGCCAGUUUUGAAUUAGUUUAAAUACAGAAUGAAUAUUAGAAAGAGAAAGAGAUUGAAACAAAUAGAAUAAAGACUCAAUCGGAUGAACAUUAAACAUUCAUCAAAACAAGAAAAUAUCGAUCAUCACAGGAAUUACAGAUCAAACCUGCAUUUUAGAAAAACGAGAAAAAGAAUCAUGAAAUUACAGGUAAAAUAUAAGCUAAAUCAAUUAUGGUUUCUUACUUAGUAAAGAGAUUUUUGACAAAACUAUCAGCAUCAAGAAGACAUAGGUUAUUUUUUAAACACAAACAUUUUUAAAUAGUUGGAGAUAAAGCAAGUGGUGAAGAAUAGACUUUAGGGGAAAUUAAUAGUAUUUAAAAGAGUAAAAGUAAAAAAGGCAAAUCUAAAAAUAUUUUAUAGCUUGUUUUAAGCAUAAUUUUAGAAUGUCCUAAUUUUGUAUCAACAGUAUUUAAAUAAUUACCAAUUAUUUAUCCAUAAGAUAUUCAUAAAAUAAUUUGGGAUAUUUCAUUUUGUUUUGUAUUAAUUUACUUUUUUGUUAUGAUUCCUUUGGAAUUGGCAUUUAAUAAAGGAUUAUUGUACUUAUAAUGUAUAUGGUUGACAGUACCUUUGUGUUUAUUUCUAUUAAUAGAUUAUAUAAUGAAAAUGAGUACUGUUUAUUAUGAAAAUGGAUAGCCAAUAAUAGAUAAAAAUAAAAUAUUUAAAAAUUAUCUUAAAAAUGGGUUUAUUAGUGAUGGAUUAGCUAUUUUAGUGAUAAUAUUUAAUUUCUUUAAUUAUUUUUAUAUUAAGAGUUAUUGGAUAAGCUUAUUGUAAUUGUGUUUUGUAACAUAAUUUUCUUAUUUUACAAAAAUAAUUAAGAAUGUAGAAGAAUCAAUAAAUUUAGACAAGACAUCAUCAUCAAUUUUAAAUUUAGCAAAACUUUUAUUAACUAUAUUAUAUUUUGUACAUUUAUAUAGUUGUUUAUGGUUUUUUAUUGGUGAUUAUGGAGGUUAAAUGAAUUGGAGUAAUUGGUUAGAUGAUCGUCAUUUAAAAAAUGAAUCUAGUGUAUCAUAAUAUUUAGAAUCAUUUUAUUUUUCUACUGUUACAAUGAUUAGUGUAGGAUAUGGAGAUAUUGUACCUUAAAGUAAUUUAUUAUUAUUAUUUUAAAGAUGAACUAGAAAAGGUUUUAACAAUAUUAUUUAUGUUAACAACUUGUAUUCAGCUUUCUUUUACUAUUAAUACAGUUGCAUAAAUAUUUUCUUCUAUUAAUCAUGCUACUGAAAAUACAUCAGAGAAAAUAAGAAUAAUAAAUAAAUAUAUGAGUAAAAAGAAUAUCAGUUUUGGAUUGUAAUAUUAGUAAUUUAUAUUAUCAUAUAUUAAAUUAGAAUAAGAUAAUAUAUAAAGAUCUAUUGGAGUUAAUAAAUGAAAGAAGAGAAUGAAAUGGAAGAAGUACUCAUUAAUUCACUAUCAGAAAAUUUAAAAAAUAAAUUGAUUGAAGAAGCUAAUUCUUCUAUAUUAGAUAAAUGUGAAUUUAUUAAAAAUACAUUUACUAGUCAAACUAAAUCAAAAUUAAUAAGAUUAUUAAAAACUGUUUUCAUUAAUCCUGAGUAGACAAUAACAUCAUAAUUACCUUAAUUUAUAGAACCAUGUCUUUGUUUUAUUGAAUCAGGAGAAUUACAUUUAUAAAAUAAUAGUAAAAUAGAUAAUUCAGAAUUAAUUAAAUUUAAUUAAGGUCAGUAUUUUGGUCUUAAUGAAUUAUUAACAGGUUAAUUACCUACAUUACAAUUAUAAAGUGAAUCAUUUGUAUAACUAACAGUCUUAUUAAGAAGUGAAUUUUUAGAUGUCUUAAGAGAAAAUCCUAUUGAUUAUGAAACAUUUUGUGCUAUUAAAGAUUAAAUUUUAAUGCAUGAUCUUGAUGUAUAAAGUAAAUGUAUGUCAUGUAAUUGCAGUGGACAUACAAUAUCAAAUUGUCCUGUUGUACAUUUUGUUGUGGAUAGAGAAAAAGUUAUAAAAAGUCAUCAAUUUUAUCAUAGUCAAAAAAGAUAAUAAUUUGUUAGGAAGAGAAGGCCAAGACAUAUGUUUCAUCCAAUAUUAGAUUAAUGGUUUUUGUAUUAAUUUAAUAUCUUAUUUUAGAUCUGAAAUGAGUAAUAUGUUUAGAAAUCAUGGAGAAUGGCCAAUUAUUCAAUUUUAUUCAUUAUCUAAUAAAUUAUUAGAACAAUAACCUGAAAAAAUAGGAGCUGAAUCUCCUAUUGUUAGAGCUCGUGAUAUUACUAUAAAUAAUAGCUGUAGAUCUCAAUCAUAAUUACCAAAUUUACAUGACAUUUUAUAAAUAUCUAAAAUUGAGAUGUAAUAAAAUCCUUGUAAAACAAUUUAAUUAUAUUUAAGUUCCUCAAAAUAAAACUAUGAGAUCAAAUUACAAAAGAGCUAGUAUAAGGGUUAAAAAUAUUGGAAUUAGAUUGAAAUUUUAGAAAAUUGUUAAAAAAAUAAUAAGAUUAAGACAUUUUUCAAGUGGAUUCUAAAAAAAAACAGAUUCUUAAAAUUAACUCUCUCCAUAAUCUAUAUUUAAUAAAAGUAUGUAUUGGGUUGUUACAUCUUAUUUUCAAUAACCCUAAUUAGAAGAUUAUCUUAGUAAAGAAGAUUUUUUAAAUCUUUCUUUUUUAAAUAAAAGAUUAAAUUUAACUCUUAAUUAAGAUUUAGAUUUAAAUAAAUAAUUUGAUUGUGCUAAAGAAUAUCUACAUUAUUUAAAAUAAAAUAAUUUAACAUUAGUUUUAGAAUAAUUAACUGAAAAAUCCUUAAUUAAAAAAAAAUCUUAAUUCUAAAGUUAAUCUUAGACAACUAUAAUUUUAUAAUAGAUACUAAAUUCAUAAGAAAAAAGAAAAAUGUAUUUGUAGACUUAUCUUAUAAAAUAUUUAUCUUAUCCAAAUGAAUAUUUUGAAAAGUUCCAUAAAACAAAGAAAAAGUUUUGUAAUGAUGAAGAACAAUUAGGUGAGAAAAAAAGAGAACUUAUUAAAAGAUUUUCAAAUAAAAAAAGUCUCAGAAGAUCAAAUAACAUGAUUGAUUUUUAAAGAUCAAUCUAAUAAUUUAAUAAAUUAAAUAGAGUUCUACCAACAGAUUUUAAUAUAGAUACUCCUUGA